AUGAAUUUCUUGUUUCCCAUGCUCUUUUCGUUUGUGUGUUCUGAAAGCUUAGGGAUUCGGUAUGAGGAUGUUAUCAGCAAGUGGGUCAGCUAUGAGAAGAGAAGGAUGGCCGAUAGGCCACUUGGUACAGUACCCUCUACGUUUACUAUCAGGGAUGGAAUUGUGGUUGGUAGCAAACAUUUAAGCUCUAGGGCGAUAUGGAAUCCGCUAGAGAUGUUUGAAAAUGACUUUGAAGGGAUAUACUGCGAAGGAGUUGAAAGCAUCGAAGAGAAUGGGGAAAGAAGAUAUCUGAUUGAGGGCUAUGAGACGGCUCUGGAUGCUUCUGGAGUUAAUUACUUGUGCUUGUCGACGGCGAUUAGGCCCCUGCAUAUUAAAAGAGAAGGAAUCACAAAAGUUGCAAUUGGAUAUAGAGGGUAUUUUGACGAGGCCCAGGCAAGAAGUCUAGGGGAAUGUCUUUCUGGGAUUCUAGAUGGGGCGGAGGUAUGUGUUAUUCCUGAAUCUCUUUGUGGAUUGGUGUCUAGGACGGAGCAUAUUGUAGAAGACGGCACUCUGUAUUGCAUGGUGAUUACGAUGACGGGAAGAAAGACUGUAGCUUCGCUCUACAAAAUGGAGGUGAAGGACAAGAAGAGGAUGUUUAGCAACUUGUUCCACGAAUAUUUUGACGGGGUAUCUGAUUGGGAUAUCCAGAAGAUAGUAUAUGAUCACAUAGAGAAAACCCUUCGGAAGUAUGUUUCCAGUAAGGAGGGCAUUUCGGACACGAACAGAAAUGUGACCUUCUAUCCUCGAAUGAAAGAUUCGGAGCUCUUUGAGCUAAAGAUAGACAUGAGACCUAUAUAUAAGGAAAUCAACAAGGCAUUGAGAUAUAAGAGCAUAGUUGAAAGCGUGAAGAUUGUUAAUGGAGUUAGCGUGGUCGAUUGUGAGGAGAAUGUGAGGUUUGUGAUAGAAGCGCCUGUGUUUGAUGUUCGGGAGAUCCAGAGGAGGAUUGAGGGGCUUGUGAAUGGAGGCAAGCGGCUUGACGUCAUCGAAAGCAUGAAGAAGAAGAUCGGGGAAGCGAUUGGAGAGGGGCAGGAGUAUUCUGUAAUGAUAAGAUCCAAGUUCUAUGAAAACCCUAUUUUUGACAAGAUUCUCGGGCCUCUCUCUUCGAAGGACAUUAUAAAGCCUGAGGAUAUUGAGAAGGGGGCGGCUAGGGCCAUGAGGACUGAGUACAGUAUCACUGACCCGAAGGUCUUACGUGUUAGUGGGGACAGUAAGAGUGGAAAGGCUUAUGUUGACGAGAUCAGGCUAAGAAAGAGUAUAAGAGAAAUACUCGAUAAAAAAAAAGGAAGAAGACUCAGGGAUAUUUUCGAGGAGGUAUCUGACUCAUGUGUAGAGGGGGAAGAUGAGAUUUUUGCAGAGAUAAAUGAUCUUAAUGGGAUCCGAAGGGCAGUGAGCAAGUGGAAGGAGGUGGAAGCAAAGGAUGCAAAAAUCAAGAUGGAAAGGGACCUAAGGGAGAAAGCACUGAGGGACUUGAAGGAGACGAUCACUUCGACUGAAAAGCUGGGCAAGAGCAACCCCGAGGUGUGGAACGAUGGACUGAAAGAUGAGGUGUCGAAGGCAUUAGAACACUUGAAUAUUAUGAAUUCUGACGAUAAAUACAAAAAGGAAGACAUUGAAGAGGUUGAAUUUGAUCUUAUUAUUAGACGCAAAAGCCUAUUUAAUGCAUAUGAGGAAAGGAUGAAGAAGGAAGCUGAAGAGAAGGAGAAAGCUGAGAAUGAGAAUAAGCAGGAGGACAUUGUAGAUGAUGGAGAGAAAGAGGAAGCUGGGGCAGAUAGGGAUAUUGGGGAAGGCCAGGAGUUUUCUUUUGAAAAAAAGGCCGAGCUCUAG